ACUCGAACAUUCCAACAACGAGUCCGUGGAACUUGCUGCUGAUACAGGAUGCGGAUAGCUAUCGUCACAGGCGUCGUCGCCCUCCUGCUGCUGAUUUCGUCAUCGGAUGCUAGGAAGAGGAGGAAGGGAGCAGGUAUCGACCUGCUCGAGCGCUACUGGCAACAGCAAGCAGCUAAGAACGGCGGAGUCUACCCCGAAGCAGCGUAUGAAGACCUAGGCUACGGCGGCGGAGGAGGAGGCGACUAUGGCGGAGGAGGCGGUGGCGGCUAUGGCGGUGGAGGCGGUAGCGGCUACGGCGGAGAAGGCGGUGAUGGCUACGGUCCCCCGCCGCAGCGGCAGGGUUACGGCGCUCAGGGUAAGAGGGGCAGGUACGCGGCGGCGGCGGGUGGAGGCUACGGUCGCGACCAGCGCUAUGCGAGCGCGCGCCGCACCUACCCCCGUGUCGGCACGACGCCGUACGGAGCUUACUCACGCGCCGGAUACGGAGAGGACGCGUACGCCGGAGGAAGAUACCAGGGGGCGGGCGGCCGGACCCAGGCUGCGGGAGGUUACCCCCCAUCCCCGUAUCCCGCGCAGGCCGGACAGUAUGCAGGUGACCAGUAUGGAGCAGGACAGUACGGGGCUGACCAGUACAGAGCCGGACAGUACGGGGCUGACCAGUACGGAGCCGGACAGUCCAGGGCUGACCAGUACGGAGCCAGACAGUCCAGGGCUGACCAGUACGGAAGCGGACAGUACGGAGCAGCUGGUUACGGAGCUGGGCGUUCCGGACAGUCCGGAAGUGGUCAGUACGGGGGAGGUCAGUACGGGGGAAGUCAAUACGGGGGCGGUCAAUACGGGGGAGGUCAGUACGGGGGAGGACAGACGCGGUAUAGCGACGCUCUGCAGGCGCGCGUGUACGGCGACGACGAUGGCUACGGUGGCGCCCCCGUGCAGGUGGCGCGAUACGGCGACGGUCCGCGCGGUGCCAGCUUCGACUACGGGGCAGCCGCCGCCGCAGCGCCCUCUUACGGAGCUAACCUCGGCUACGGAAGCAACUCCGCCGCCGCCGCCGCCGCCGCCUCCUCCUACUACGCCCCCAGGUCGGCAGGCAGCCGCUACAGCAGCACCCACAAGCGAGGCGCCGACCGCUCAUUGGCGCUGUACAGAGCUGGCGGCCAGGUGGCGCCAGCGCCGCGUCCGCAGCCCGUCGCCAACUACAACUUCAACAGAGGCGGCAAGGGGACCCGCACCCGUCCGCGCGGCGCGUACGGGGACGAGACGCUCGGAGGAACGGCGACCAUCUAUAACGUGGGCACGCGUGGCUAGCUACGGAAAAAAACGCAUUUUCCGUCGUCAACUUAAAAAAAACACGUAUAUAUAGAUAUAGAUAUGUGUAUGUAUGAAGCAACACUAGCAUGGCCUUUUGUAUUAUACACCUCGUGACGUAAUAUUGAUUAUUGAUUAUGAUAUCGAUUAUUGGCAAUAUGUACCCAUCGUACGUAUUGUUUCACUAUAUAAGCGAACCUAAGGUAUAAGUGCGCGUCGUGUGCAGUCUGUAACAGAUCAGACAGAUUCACCUGUCCGUCUGGUCGAGGUAACCACGCCCCUUAGAUACUGUUGCUAGGUUGGUCAAGCUCACACACUUCGUUGGUGUGUUUCCUUCGUGAUUUCGCAGUUACCGAGUUUGCUUUACUUAGCAACCUUUUUUUAGAACGCCCUUAUCACAACGCUUAUCGGUUCCCUCCACCAGUCUAUCAUGCCAUGCGGAUAUGUCAAUCAUUAGUUCAAUCACGUGUCCUAUAAUUCCUUAUUUGUAAUAAGUAACCGAUGAACACCGAAACGUGGCUGAGGCGUU